AUGCUUUUUUGCUCAACGGUUGGUUUUGUCACAAACUGGAUGAUAGUGGUUUUCAUGUGUCAAACUACGAAAUUGAAACAACCAUUUGCAAUUCUUACUGUAGCAUUGGCAGCUAUUGACGCCACUUUUUCAACAUUGUAUUUAUUCUAUGCAACUCCUAUGGUUUUGUUUGUCCUAUUCACCAAGUACAUCACACUAUGUGUUUUCAUCUAUACGUGUAUCCUUAUUACUUUAUUUUUUGGAAUUCUGGGAUGUGAAAACUACUACAAUCCGGAGGUAGUUGCAUUCAGCUAUUCUGGUCAGCCGAUAUGCAAAGUGUUUGCACUUUACGGGGAUUUCUAUGAAGAAUUAUCUCUAACAGUCAUUGGUGCUGUAAUGGAUUUGAUAACCAUUUGGAAAGUAUUGAAAAUGAGAAUAAGGACGGAGAAAGGAAAGAAGGAUUUGAAUUUCUUGAAGCAGUCUCUGAGUCAAACCACUUUCGUACUUUCGAUUGUAAUUUGUUUCACUUGGGGACCAAGAGUAAUGCCGGGAAAAGAGUUUGCAUUUCUAUUCUCUUCUAUUCUUUGGUCAGCUGUCCAUUGUUUUGAUGGAGUGUUCACAUUAAUAUUCAACGGAGAAGUUCGAAAGAAACUUAAAACAGGAUCUCAUUUCCGGUCUUCUGGUGUUAGUGGGGUAAAGAGUUUCUUCUGA